GUCGGACAUGACGUGUGGGCUCGCGGAUGAAAAAGCCGCGUGGUAGCGUCUCAGCUGUGCGGACACUCACAGAUUUAUUCCCAGAUAAUCAAACUCCCCUUAGCGUCAGCACAGUGUGUUUCGGUGUUUUUUUUAAUAUAUGCAACAGCAGAAUAAAAAAUCUGUUGAUGCCAAGCCUGUCUUAAUACUACUCAAACUCUUUUACAUCGCUUUAAGUGAGAGCAGUUUAACAGUUCUGAAUUUAAUUUAAGUUAAAUAAUACACCAGCACACAGUCAGAGCUGGGGUGACUGGUACUGUUGACUACUGGAUCACUGUUAUAAUAAAACACUUGCGUUAUCUACAAACCACAGCUGCAUUAAGACUUUAGCUAGUGAAAUACAUGUGCAGAUUUCCCUGAGAGCAGAGUUAGAUUAGCAGUAGCAGACUAAGUAAAUGGACUGUGAUUUUGCUUACAGGGGCUUCUGGGAGUUGUAGUCUAUGCUGUCAAUAUGCCAGCAGAGUAGGUUGUAAAGAAGGCUGGAGCAGAUGCUCCUCCUAUUCCCCUGUGAAAAGGGAAAAUCCAGACCCAUCCUGAAACUUUUUGCUUUCUUGUGAUUUCAUUGGUUAAUAAUAAAUUGCUGCAAUUUAAAUUGACACAAGAUUGGACACAGUUACAGCAUGGAUCUUAGUCAGCCUGGCUACAGUGUUGAAACAAAAGAGUUGUAUUUUUCCCCUCUGUUAAAGAUAAAUUAUACAGUAUGUAGUUCUCACAAUGCAAAGUGCUUUUUAUUUGUUAUCAAACUCAAAGGCAAAGUCUUCUAAUUUGUUGGAACAUCACUUCUUUUCCAUGCUUUCGGGUCCUUUGCUUUAUUCUGCAUGCUUCUGAGUUAUACUAUGGAUCCAACCUCCUCUGAUUCACUGCCUCUUUCUUCUUCAGAGGGGCAACAGUACCUUACAUUGUUCGCAGUGAGGCUGCAGCAUUGUGAACAAGACAAUCUACCUAUUCAUAAGUAAAAUUGAAAUAUCUGAAAAAAAGCAUAAUGGGUUAAUCUCCUGAAGAUUGGCUUUAUCACAUAAAUAUCUACUGUGGUGGAAUUUAUGAGGAAUUGUCUUCAUUCUAUAUUUUUAUUUAAGUUAUAUAAUUCUGGACUCCGCUCUAGAUCAAAGUGCACCGCCAGAAGAGGUAGGGCUUGCAGCACAGCUUCUCUUAGACAGCCUGUCAGACAAUUAGUCUCCUCAGUUAAGUUCAGUCCAGCUCAGUUCACCAUGUUUACUGUGUUCCUCCUGCUAUGGCUGUGCAUUUGGCUGGUCACUUGUCUACUCAAAUCCAGGAGGCCGAAGAACUUUCCCCCAGGGCCGCCUGUUCUGCCAGUGCUUGGGAACUUGUUGAGCCUGAACCUAGAGAACCCAUUAAAGGACUAUGAGAGGUUGAGGAAGUCUUAUGGAAACAUUUACAGCCUCUUCCUUGGUCCCAAACCAGUUGUAUUUAUAAAUGGAUUCCAUGUCAUUAAAGAGGCUCUAGUGACCAAGGCUGGUGAUUUUUCUGGACGUCCCCAAGACCUGUUUGUCAAUGACGUCACCCAGAGGAAAGGAUUGAUUCUAGCAGAUUAUAACCCUAAUUGGAAAGAACAUCGUCGCUUUGCUCUGAUGACCCUGAGGAAUUUUGGCCUGGGAAAGAAUACGAUGGAGGAACGGAUUCAUGGAGAGAUAAAACACAUCAUUAAAACACUGGACAAGAGCAUUGGUAAAACCCUGAGUCCUCAAGUCAUGUUCCAUAAUGCAGCAUCUAACAUCAUCUGCCAGGUUCUGUUUGGGACACGCUACGAGUAUGACGACAAGUUAAUCAAAGUGAUUGUUCGUUGCUUCACAGAGAAUUCAAAGAUAGCAAAUGGGCCCUGGAGUAUGCUCUAUGACUGUUACCCCAUCGUGCGUAAGCUGCCGCUACCUUUUAACAAGGGUUUUAAAAAUUUUGAGAUUUGUCAAAAUCUUGCACAGAAUAUAGUGGAUGAGCAUAUGAAAACCAGAGUCCCGGGAGAGCCAAGAGACUUUGUUGACUGUUAUCUGGAUGAACUGGAUAAGAGAGGCAGUGAUGGUUCCCUAUUAUCAGAAAAUCGACUUGUCUUUAACGCUCUUGAUCUUCACUUUGCUGGGACUGACACUACCUCCAACACGCUGCUUACUGGCUUCCUUUACCUCACUACCUACCCACACAUACAAGAGCGCUGUCAGCGGGAGAUAGACCAGGUGUUGAAAGGGAAGGAUCUGGUCAGCUUUGAUGACAGACACAACAUGCCCUACAUGCAGGCUGUGAUCCAUGAGGUGCAGAGAGUAGCCAACACUGUUCCACUUAGUGUCUUUCACUGCACAACCAAAGACACAGAGCUGAUGGGAUAUUCCAUUCCCAAGGGUACAAUGAUUAUUCCUAAUCUCACAUCAGUGCUGAAUGAAGAAGGACAAUGGAAAUUUCCACAUGAAUUCAACCCUGAAAACUUCAUUGGUGACCAGGGAGACUUUGUUAAGCCUGAGGCUUUCAUGCCUUUCUCUACGGGUCCUCGUAUGUGUCUGGGAGAGGGUCUGGCUCGUAUGGAACUCUUCCUUAUCAUGGUGACCCUUCUGAGAAAGUUCAAGUUCAUCUGGCCUGAGGAUGCUGGAGAUCCAGACUACACCCCAUUGUAUGGGGUCACUCUAACUCCCAAACCGUACCGCAUGAAGAUCCAACUCAGGGAGACGCAGUGAGAUGAUGUGUGGAUGGACACAGAGGGUCCUGAGAACAACUGAACCACAGAACAAGCCAAACAUACUGUACCGUAGCUUUGCAAGAAACUGCCUGCAGUUACAGUACUCUGUUACACACCUUUCAUCACAAAAACACCUCUGAAUCUGUUCUUCUGUCCUGUGCUGUUUGAAGAGAAACUUCAGCAUUAACCAUUCCAGCAAAAUUACAUCAUGACCCACUGAUUCCAGCAGUCAUUGAUAAUUCAUUACUUUAUGUUAUAAAAAGUAUACUCAUAAUAGGUUAAAGCUGCUUUGAACAAGGAACAUUUUUUUUGUUCUGUCCACCAGUUUAAACAAGCAGCAUGUAUUAGGCUGAAUGCUGUAUUGUGAUGGACAGUUUUGUUGGAGUAUAUAAGAAAUAUAUAUAUACUCUUAUAGCCCCGUUUCCCAGGUCCUUUAGGCAGACAGACACUCCCAACCACCAGGCACCCCCCCACCACCGUGCCAGACACAGCAUAGCACUCUGAUAUCCUAGAGGACAAUUCAAUGCCGAAGUAUUUAAUGUUCCCCAAAGUAGAGUGUGGUAGAAGAUAUGUUAUUCACCUUCAAGGUUAAGUGGUAACACUAUAGGUUUUGUCCAGUUAACAGAGUAUUCUGAAGUUCCUGAGAAUCAUCUAUGAGGCUGAUAGUUGUAGGAAGAGACCUCUGUGGCUCCAGGAGAAACAGUAACACAUCGUCAGCAUAUAAACAUAUUUUAUGAUUUACUGAUUUAGUGUAAUUCCUUCAUGCUGUCUUAUUGCUGCGGCUAGAGGUAAAUAUUGCAAACAGUGAUGGCAAAAAGUGGGCAGCCCUGUCUGGUCCCUCUAUGCAGAUUACACCUUCAUGAGGUCUGGUUAUUUGUUCUGACUGCAGCGUUUGCUGAGCUGUAUAGUAUUUGGAUCCAGUCUAUGAAUGAUUUCCCAAUGCCGAAUUUAUGCAAAGUGGCUAAAAGAAACUUCCAGUUUACUCUAUCGAGAGCUUUUUCUGCAUCUAAGGAGAUGAUGGCUGACUCUAGUUUUUGUGUGGUGACAUAAUAAAUUAAAUUGAUUAAUCUGUUCAUAUUGUUUGUUGACUGUCUACCUUUAAUAAAGCCUGUUUGAUCAGAG